AUGGAAAAGACUAACCUUGAUGGUGCUCCAUCUGAUGCCGAACAAGUUCCACUUCACCACAAUCAGACCUUCUCUUCUGCCACAAACACUGGCGAGAAGAGAAAGAGGGAAGGAUUGGUGAGCAGAGGAAGAGAAAGUGGAAACAGCAGCGAGGUUGAAGAAGUUAUUAUAGUUGGGUCUCUGGCAAAGGAAGAAGCAGGAGAAGAACCAGAAAGAGCCAAACAGGAUUCUACUUUCAAUGACUUUGAUAAGCUGAGGGAGGAAGGAAGCUUUGCGGUUGGACAGACGUGGGCUCUUUAUGAUAAUAAAGUGGAUGGGAUGCCUAGGUUGUAUGCUCAGAUCAGAAAAGUUUCAGUUUCCGGUUUCUGUCUUAGCGUCACAUGGCUUGAGCCUGAUCCAGAUGACGAGGACAGAGUACAGAAGCGUGACAAGGAGUUACCUGUUUCUGUUGGUUGGUUCAAACUCGGGGAAAACAAGGAUAUAAAAGAUCGUGGAAGGUUCUCUCAUGUGGUUCAGUGCAAUGAAGGAAGUAGCGCAGAUAGAUUCAGUGUAUAUCCAAGAGAAGGAGAGACUUGGGUUGUCUUCAAGGGUCGCUACAAGCGUCCUCUCUCCAUGAACUGGGAGGUAGACUGGUCAGCUGAUCCCGGUUCUCCCUGUAAAUAUAAUUAUGCAUUUGUCCAAAUCUUGUCAGAGUACGAUGAUGGAUCUAGUGCACCUGUCGGAUUCUUGCAUAAAGCAAAAGGCUUUUCAAGUGUGUUCUGCCGCUUUACUGAAGAAGUUGUUAGGUCCUACAUUCAUCGGGCUGAUACAGAGCGAUUCUCUCACCGUGUUCCAUCAUUCAAGAUGACGGGAGUUGAAGCAGAAGGUGUGCCAAGAGGUUCUUAUGAGCUGGAUCCAGCAGCGUUACCAGAAAAUAUCAAAGAGAUUGACGUUCCUUUACAUCUACUAGCAGAGCCUACAGUUUCAAACUCUGAGGAUAAUACUCAUUCUCAGUGUGUUUACUUUGCUAGUAAAGGAAGGAGUUUUCAAACUGGCCAAGUCUGGUCAUUUUGCAGUGGUGACGAUCACUUGCCCCGGUUCUAUGGCAAGAUUCAGAAGAUCACGUUUAUCCAGGCAUCUGAGCAGGAUCCGGUUGUUAAGUUGCAUGUAGGUCGGCUAAAGGCUAGACCUAUCAAAGGCAUCAUCCAAUGGAUCGACAAGGAAAUGUCCAUUGGGUGUGGGAAUUUCCGGGCAAGAAAAGUUGUCGAAAUAUUCACUGAUCUUGAUGUGUUUAAGCGUCAGAUAAAGCCAGACUCCUCUGGAGAUGGAAAUGAUUACAGCAUCAUGCCCAAGACUGGUGAUGUCUGGGCUAUCUACAGAAACUGGAGUAAGGACAUUGAAGCCGUUAAUCUGCAAUCCCAGACUUAUGAUCUUGUGGAAGUUCUUGAUGAUGAUAAAUUGGAGUACAAGGUUUUGCUGUUGGCUCCUGAUGGUGGCUUUGGUUUAGCGGAUUCUGGAGGUUUUGGUUCGGCGUAUAUGGCUGCAACAGAGCACUGGAUUGAUGGCGCGGAUGUGAGAUUCACAAUUCCGAAAUCGGAACUUCUCAGAUUCUCGCACCAAGUUCAUACGUUGAGAAUAGCCAAAGAGAUACAUGGAGCUAUGCAAGAUGUCUAUGAACCUAACAUCUGA